CUGAAGCGGCGGCGGGGGAAGGGUUGUCGGGCUUGGCGCUCGGCAGGUGUUCAUGAAAGUUAGCUGUGAUUUUCCUGUCAGAGCCGGGUGAACAUUACAGAUUGCAGAACACUUUUGCAAGAAGAGCACCAAGCAACACUUUUGCCUCAGCUACACCAUCAAAAAUCUUUUGCAUAAUUUGGCUGCUGCAUUUGCUGACAAAAUAAGAACAACAAUCACCAUGUUAAAGUGAAGGAAAAGAACUCUGUAUUGAACAUGCUGAAACGUUUUGACAAAAUAAGAUUUAGAGGACAGAAGCGAGAUGAAAUACUUGAUCUAGUAGAAUCUCCCAAUGCAUCAGACAAUGAAUGUGGUGAUGAAAUUCCAGCGAAAUCUGCUCGGUGCUCUAUGAGGGAUUCUGAAGAGCUAAAGGACCCUGCAGGCCCAGGGGCAUCAAAUAUGGCUUCAGGAAUUCAAGAUUUUAGCAGGACAGAAUCUGAUCGACUGAACGAAAUCAAGGGACAUCUUGAAAUCGCAUUAUUAGAAAAGCAUUUUUUACAAGAGGAAUUGAGGAAGCUUAGGGAAGAGACAAAUGCAGAAACUCUUAAGCAAGAACUAGAAAAGGAGAAAUUGAAGCGAAUAGAGCUGGAACAGAAAAUCUCUGAUGUGAUCAAAACCAGAGGUGAAGACUCUUCAAGUCAGCAGUCUUUGAAAGUUCAGACUUCAGUAAAUGGAACAGAGAAACGUAAGACAUUCUACUCCAAGAUUCAAAAAUGGUUCUUCGAGAAGUUUUCAGAGUAUAUCGAAGAUUUUCAAUUCCAAAAACAAGAAAAUCCUGUAGAAACUGAAGAACCACUUAGUGCUAAACGGUUAACUGAAAAUAUGAGAAGAUUAAAACGUGGUGCCAAGCCAGUUACCAGUUUCUUAAAGAACCUGUCAGCCUUAUCAAAUUGGCACUCUGUAUACACUUCAGUAAUUGCCUUUAUUAUCUACAUGAAUGCUGUAUGGCAUGGCUGGGCCAUUCCAAUGUUCUUAUUUCUAGCCAUUUUGAGGUUGUCUCUAAAUUAUCUCAUAGCAAGGGGUUGGAGGAUUCAAUGGAGCAUUGUGCCUGAAGUAUCAGAUCCUGUGGAGCCUUCAAAAGAAGAUCUUACUGUAUCUGAAAAGUUCCAGCUUGUGCUUGAUGUAGCACAAAAAGCACAGAAUCUUUUUGGCAAGAUGGCAGACGUAUUGGAAAAAAUUAAGAACUUAUUUAUGUGGGUGCAUCCAGAAAUAACACAGAAGUUGUAUAUGGGCUUGUGGAUCCUCUUUAUUGCUUCUUGCUUCUUUCCAUACAGAAUUCUGGGCCUCUUCAUAGGACUUUAUGCAGGAGUAAAAUUUUUUCUCAUUGACUUCAUCUUCAAACGAUGCCCAAGGCUUCGAGAAAAAUAUGAUACUCCUUACAUUGUGUGGAAGAAUUUGCCCACAGACCCCCAGUUGAAGGAAAGAUCAAAUGCAGUACUGAUGAGACGGCUGUCAGGGUUUGAAAAGAUUCCAACAGUUGUGUCAAGGUCCAAUGUAACUGCCAACAGCAUGUCUGUAUAUAGCAGGGAGGAUGAUGGUGCACGUUCACACAGCUCCAAAAAAAGCAGCUUCAGUGAGAUCUUCAAUUUAGCAGAGAAUGAGCGCCCUUUACCAGUAUGUGAAAAUGGCUGGCGCUGCUGUCUAAUUAACAGGGACAAGAAGAUACCCACUGACUACAUUCGAAAUGGUUUUCUCUAUGUAACAGAAAAUUAUUUAUGCUUUGAAAGCUCCAAAUCUGGUUCAUCUAAGAAAAAUAAGAUCAUAAAACUAAAAGAAAUUACAGAUAUUCAAAAGUACAAAGUUUUGUCAGUUUUGCCAGGAUCAGGAAUGGGCAUUUCAGUAACUACUCCGUACACGCAAAAGCCACUCGUAUUCGGUGCUAUGUUACACCGGGAUGAAGCAUUUGAAGCAAUAAAUUGUCAACAUACCAAAAUAACAUCCAGUAUAUCCAGUAAUGAAACUUAACCAAGUUCUUACAAUAAUCAGAAAUCAUGUGUAUAAUAAUAUGGAAAUGAACAGUUGGACAAGAACCUCCAUUACUUGUUUAAUAUUUGUGAUGGAUUUUGUACUUAAUUGGAAUAGAUGGUUUAUAAUGUGUAUAUUUUUAACUUGCUGUUUAGUUCUUUUACAUUUUUGUCAGAUUCUCCACAAAAGUGCUGUUACUUUCAUAGUAAUCCCUGCACAGUAAGCACUUUUGGCAUUUGUUUACAGACAUUUUAAAUGUUAGACUAAUUUGGGGUAUGGAAGAAUAAAGAGUGGUUCUUAGAAUAAAGUAAAAUAAAAUUUCGAGUCAAAGAUUUGCAAAAUCUGAUUGCCAAGAUUGUAUAUUUUUUGGUGUCCAUUUCAGAUGGCAAGCUUAUUGUUUUGAGGUAAUUCUCCUGUCAGAAGGAGUUGGUAAACUAAGUGAAGUGAAUAUGUUGCACCCUAAAGCUGAUGACUGGACAGCAUCGAUAUUAAGCAACUAACAUUAAUACAUCAUGAAGUGAUUCAUUAAACAUUAGCAUGAAAGGGUCCGCGUAUAAUAUAGCCACGUCUACGAAUAUCAUAACCUCAAUAAUUUCAUCCACUGUUCCAUGAAAAUAAGAUGUAAUUACUAAAAGUU